AUGAGCGCCGGUGACUUGCAGCCCAGCUCCCCCGCCAGCCCGCAGCCCCGCCGGGCCCGGGAGGCGCCCGAGAUGGCCGUGUACUGCGGCGAGCCCUUCAGCGUGUACCCGCAGCCCGGCCUGCCCCCGCCCGGCGCCGCGGCCGCCUCCUCCACGCAGCGGCCGGCCGCCUACGCCCUGGGCGACUACGGGGCGCCGGCCAACGCCGGCUACCUGUGGGGCGUGAGCGGCCCGGCCCCGUACCUGCAGGGCGGCCCCGGGCCGGCCGCCCCCUUCCUGCCGCCCGCCUCCUACGGCUGCUCGCGGGGCGGCCAGCUGGGGGGUGCCCCCUCCGCGCCCGGCUCGCCCUCGCCCGCGGCGGCCGAGCUGAGCUGGCUGAGCCUGGCCGGGCAGGAGGAGCUGCUGCGGCUGGUGCGGCCGCCCUACUCCUACUCGGCGCUGAUCGCCAUGGCCAUCCAGAGCGCGCCCGGCCGCAAGCUCACGCUGAGCCACAUCUACCAGUACGUGGCCGAGAACUUCCCCUUCUACAAGCGCAGCAAGGCCGGCUGGCAGAACAGCAUCCGCCACAACCUCAGCCUCAACGACUGCUUCCGCAAGGUGCCCCGCGACGAGGACGACCCGGGGAAGGGGAACUACUGGACCUUAGACCCAAACUGUGAGAAGAUGUUUGACAAUGGGAAUUUCCGGCGCAAGCGCAAACGGCGCUCUGAGCCUAACACCCACACUGUGGUGUCCUCUGGCGGAGACCUGAAGGCUGAGGAAGGGCGUCCCAUCCCGGCUGCUGCAGGCAAGCCCUGUGCAAACAGCCCCUCCCCAGAGCUGGACUUAUCACCUGCCAGGGACCAUCCCAAAAGCUCCUCUUCUCCAGGCAUCAUCUCAGCCACCCCGGGCUGCCUGAGCACCUUCUUCAGUGGCAUGAGCUCACUGAGUAGUGGAGGGAGUCGCCUGGCGGGAGGCUUCAGCAGGGAGCUGCACCACCGGAACUUCCCCGCUGGGCAGAUGAGUGGUGGCACCUUCGCUGCCUCCUCCAGCAGCUCCUCCCAAGAGGUGCUCCCACCAGACCAGCUGCAGCGAGUUCCGGGGCCCACUGCUGCCUAUUACAGCUCCUUCCAUCCCAGCAGCAGCCAGGGCACCCAGUACAACCAUUACUACAACUUCACAGUCAACAGCCUCAUCUACGCCCGGGAUGGCACUGAGGUGUAGGGCCUGGAUUGCAACUCAACAGAACAAGAAAGGCCGGUUCAUUCAGCCCCAAGGAAGACCCCAUGCUUUUGCAAACUGCAUUUGAAGCAGGACACUUGCCGUAGGUUUUCUGUUUUCCCAGGAAGAAAAACUUACCAUCUAUUAAAUAUAUACGUACACACACACUGUGGAGUAUUUUCCCUACUCAUCCCUGCAAAAUCACUGAUCCACACAGGAUGCCUGUUUGCCACUAAAUUCUGCAAAUGAGAACCAGAACUGGAUUAGUGACUUCAGAGGUUUUUAAUCUUGAAUGUAGAGUUAAAAAAAUAACUACAAAGAGAAAUCAGCAAGGACCAAAUACAGACACAUAGCAGGGGAGUGUUGCCUGUUGGUCAUUUAUUUGUGAACCUCUGUUUACAAGUGCUUUGGUCUUGGAAGAGAAAAAAAAAAUGAAGAGAUUUCUAAUGAAGUGCCUUGUAAAAAUCCCUAUGUCAGUGAUUGCCUGUUUAGGUAAUUGUGUUAGGCCUUGAUCAUGCAGUGUACAAUCCCCGGGCAGAUUCUGUGCCCACACAGAUCCCCUUUAGAUACAAAGCAGCUCCAGGCAGGUUCGCCAGCUGCCUGUGCUUUGUAUAUUGAAGACUCGGGGCCUUAUUUUGUAAAAUAAUCGUUUUACUUAAGCUUAGUACCAAAGACACACAAUUUAGCCAUCCAGCUUUUAGCAAGAGAAUAAACACAGUGAAUAUUUUUAUACAUAUUUGUAUGUAAUGUACUACUCUGUAAAUACAUUUCUAUGGGAUUUUAUAUUUGUAAAUUAUGCUCUGGAGUUGUACUUAUUUAUAAUGUGUUUGAAAUUUGGGAAAGUUUAUUUUGCCCAUCCUUUUCCUCACCCCCAUUCCCCUCCUUUUUUUUUUUUUUUUAUUGUAGUGUAUGAAUGAAACUUUUCAA